GCGACGGCGGAGGGGCGGGAUGUGACAAGGGCGCGUUUCUUCUUUGUCCCUCCGUUCUGAUUUGCGAGGCAAGGAGGAAGCUUCCUUCCCCUCUUCCUUUUCUGUGACUUGUAAAGUGUUUCUGGGUUUCACUUCUAAUCUUAUUUCCUCUUGUGUUAGAGACAUUGUUUGGUUUCUUCUUCAACAUCGCAUGGUCAUUCUUAAGAUAAUUAAGCAUUGUAAGGACCAUUCGCCUUCUUUAGUCAUUAGGCAACUUCUUGGGUUGGAUGUUGGCAGUGUUCUUGAAGUUACCAACUGUUUCCCCUUUCCAAUGAGGGAGGAGGAUGAGGAAAUUGAAGCUGAUGAUGCUAAUUACCAGCUGGAAAUGAUUAGAUUCCUGAGGGAGGUUAAUGUUGACAACAAUAUUGUUGGAUGGUACCAAUCUACAUUGCUCGGCUCAGGUGGAGGACAAUCUUGAAGUUGCCGGGAGAGAGCAACAAGUGCCUUCUUUACGGACGUUUGGCCUUCCACUUACCAUCUUCACUGGUCCUGCUGAUAAUCAGUGAGUUGGGAAAUGUUCCCAACAUUAAGCAAAAAAUUGCAGUCUGUUCUCUUACUGCAUCACAGGUAGCCAAAAGGCAACAGGUAGGAGAUGUUGCCGAAGCCAUGGAAGCCGCCUAACGCCAAGAUCGAAACCGUCAUUCGUUCUCCACUCUCACCCUUCCCUCCGUCAAGCUUUCCAUUCUCUCUCCGCCACUCACACAUUUGCAGCCCUCGUCCUCGACAUCUUCUCCACCGACUCCUUCGACGUUGCCGCUGCCGUGAAAACCCUGACAGGAAAAGCACAUUCAGGAAAAAGACAAUGCUUUAUUUUCUCUUUUAUAAUUAAAUACCUAAUUGGAAAAAGACAAUGCUUUAUUUUCUCUUUUAUA